AUGGCACCCGGUGGACGGCCGAAGUCCUCCAGACCCGUCCGAUCCACGCGCACCCAAGUCAAGACAUACCACGAAGACAGCACUUCUGCCGAGGACUCGGGUCUGGAACAGACAACACGUGAUACUACAUCCCAGCCUCCUUCCGUAUCUCUUCGUCCGCGCACGUCAUCCGGAACACGUCGAUCUUAUCGCGAGUCUUCAGAUACGGAUUCCGAAGGCUCCUUCGACGACAAUGAUGCAAGUGUGCCGGAUGCACACCAUUUGACACCACCGUCGGAAAAUCCUCAUUCUUCGACCCACUCCGCCUCAGCCUCUACCACCGCGCCUCCCCGUGAUACCGGCCUGCGUCGCCACCGCGAGCGCGAUGGACCUCCCCGACGCUCACAGCCAAAACGCAAUACGACGAACCCCAGGAAAUCCUCAAGGCGAACCCUAGGUCAGCCCUUGAAGAAGCGAACUCGAAUUGAUGUGAGCGAGGAGGUAUCUUUGACCUCGGGGGUCAUCCCGCCAUGGUCGACACUUCCAUAUCAUGUCCUGUUUGACAUCUUCCUACGUGCGUCCCAUCCUCUCGUCGACGAACAGCUGAUGCAGCGGACAAAAUCAACCAAGUGGCUUCUUGAUAUGGCUCUUUUAUGCCGGCAAUUUCUAGAGCCUGCGCUUGCGGCUCUCUAUUAUUCCCCGCCUCUAAUUCCAGCCUCCAAGAGCUUCGAACUACUUUGGCUCCUAUCAAAGCCUCAAGAGUCCCUGUCGAUCAACUAUGCCGUCAAGGUCAAAGAGCUCCAUGUCGACGCCGAAUCUGUACUACUCUACAAGACUGGCCCACAGCUUGGCUGGUUUGACCUAUGCGAUCUCAUCGCGACAGUGCCGCGAGUGCACACUAUGAGGCUGUUUCACAAGGAUGACUCUAUCGUCGGCGUACCUGCUUACUCCCUCCCGGUUUCUAAGUGGCUCUAUCCCGAGCGUCUAUUCUCAAGCAUUGAUGAAAAUGGCGUCGCUCUUCGCAAGUGGGACUGGAAUGGUCGUUUCAUAGCAGACAUUGAAACUCUUCUUCCUUUUAUGCUGGAGAAACACCAACGAGCAGCAUUCCAGCAAUUGAAACAUCUCCGCCUUGUCCAUGUCAAUUGUUCUGGCCGAACCCAAGAGGAAAUCGCUGCACUCGAGCCUUGCCUUGUUGCAGCACUCCGGCAACUCCCCCGGCUCGAGCAUUUGGAGUUCAUCGAAUGCGGGAUUGUGGGCCAGUUUGGUUUACCGUACCUGCCAUCGAAUCUCCGCUCUCUUACCCUGACAAAUUGCCAUCGGGUUUUCUCUCCCAACCUCGAAGCCUAUCUAGAAUCCCACGGACGACAGCUGCGGGAACUAAGUCUCAGUCAUAACCGCCACCUCAAAAUGACGUUCAGCACCCGUCUUGCGGAGUAUUGCCCCAACCUGGAGCGGUUUAAGAUGGACGUUUCCAUGCAUGACUGGUCAAGCUACCGCGAUAGUUCACUCCACUUCGACGAACUUCUGACUUCCUCUGAAGUUCCCACGUGGCCGGAGACACUUCGGGAGAUUGAACUUAUCCAACUCACAAAGCUCAGCGAGACAACAGUGGAGGGGUUCUUCAUGUCGUUGGUCAAUGCUGCACCUAGACUACGCGACCUGCGCCGCCUAACUAUCACAGCAAUUCUUAAGAUUGGCUGGCGCGAUCGUGCUACCUUCCGUGAGCGAUGGAUCCGCCGGCUGCAGACAACCUUUUUGCGUCGUAGCGCUCCGCCCGACCCAAACCUCCGUUCAUUGCGCAAGCGUCCCCUCUACGCUAGUCAACCACUGGCUGAUGGAGAAUCGGCACGUCCCAACUCUGCUGGCAGUGAACCUUCUACUCCAUCCAAGCGCCAGAGUGUACGACUCGCACAGCUCAAAGAUUCACUGUCCCGGUCCCCUUCCCCUGCGCCACACGAAGAGAUCCAGCGGGGAAUGUGCAAUUAUGUCAAAAUUCGUAUCGACAACCAGCGCCCCACGGAAACCCAGUUCAACGAGGCUGACUUUCUCGAUGAUGAGCUAAGUGGUGACGAGGACUGGGCGGGCGAUGACUGGGAACCCCCGCAGCGCCAUGCCUGGUGA